GUUUGUUGCAGGAAGUGAGCGCGGUCCAGUGAAGAUGGCGUUGCUGACCGAGUCGGUGCUGGGCUGGUCCAUAUUCACCGCGGUGCUGCUGGUCAUCCUGGCCUUCUGCUGGGUCUACAUUCGGAAAUACCAGAGUCGGCAGGAGAGCGAGGUCAUCUCCACCAUCACGGCAAUAUGCGCUCUGGCCAUCGCCCUGAUCACCUCCGCUCUCCUCCCAGUGGAUAUCUUUCUAGUGUCCUUCAUGAAAUAUCCAAAUGGCACUUACAAGGACUGGGCCGCAAGCAAUGAAACAAGGAGACAGAUUGAAGACACGGUCUUAUACGGCUACUACACUCUUUAUUCGAUCAUCCUCUUCUGUGUCUUCUUCUGGAUUCCGUUUGUUUACUUCUACUAUGAAGAGAAGGACGAGGAUAACGUCAACAAAUGCUCGCAAGCCAAAAAUGCACUGAAGUACACGGUUGGGUUUGUCGUUGUGUGCGCUGCACUUCUCUUAAUUGGGGCCUUCGUACCACUGCAGCCUCCACCCAGUCAGAACUCCACCCAGUGGGAGAAGGUGAAGUACCUGUUUGAGGAGCUGGGUAGCAGCAAUGGCCUGGAUGCCCUGUCUUUUUCAAUCAGCUCGCUGACCUUGAUUGGCAUGCUGGCCGUGAUCACGUACACGGCGUAUGGCAUGUCCGUGCUGCCCCUCAACCUGAUCAAAGGCACGCGCAGCGUCCUGUACGAGCGGCUGGAGAACACCGAGGACGUGGAGGAGGUGGAGCAGCAGAUAGCCAAGAUCAAAGCCAAGUGUGAGGACGGCAGGCCUCUCUCUCUGAGAGAUCGGAGGAAUCUUCAGGAGCUGGAGGCUAAGCUCCAGACCCUGCGUCGUCGGGGCCGUCACCUCGAGAUUGCCGAGAGGAGCUGCUGCACUAAGGUGGGCAGCGCCCUCCGCCCCCUGAAGAUUUUGCUGGGAGUCUUCUUCAUCCUGGUGGCGCUCCUCUUCACCGUAGCCUUGUUUAUUUCCAAUCUGGACAAAGCUUUGCACUCAGCUGGAAUCAGCACUGGUUUCAUCAUCUUCGGAACCAACCUGACGAACCCCCUCAAUGAGCUGCUGCUGGCGCUACAACCGGUAUUCCCUCUAGACUAUGUGCUGAUCACGGUCAUCACCAUGUACUUCGUCUUCACCUCCAUGGCUGGCAUCCGGAAUAUGGGCAUCUGGUUCUUCUGGAUAAGGCUGUAUAAGAUCCGGCCUCAGAGAACCCGUCCUCAGGCCCUGCUCUUCCUCUGCAUGAUCCUGCUCCUAAUUGUGCUUCACACCAGCUACAUGAUCUACAGCCUGGCCCCGCAGUACGUCAUGUAUGGCAGCCAGAAAUACCUGCUGCAGACCCCACUGUCAGUGGACCCCUCACCAGGAAAUCAGACUGCCUCUACCACCAAGAUAUGUGACGCAGAUGCUCCAGAAGAUCAGUGCACGGUGACCAGAUCGUACCUUUUCCUUCACAAGUUUUGGUUCUUCAGCACCAUCUACUACUUCGGCAACUGGGCGUUUCUUGCAGUGUUCCUGAUCGGUUUGGUGGUGUCGUGCUGCAGAGGGAAGAAGUCGGUAAUCGAAGGCGAAGUGGAAGCUGAUGACUCGGACUUUAGCGAUGAUGAGUACGUGCACUGAGAAGGCAAAAACAGCGACACUCGUUUAUUUACACUCGGAGUGUCUUUCUCUUUGUUGCACACUGGAUCUUAAAACUAUCCCGACAUAAUUUAAACCUCUUUCUUGUCGUUUUGUUCGUCUGUCCGUUUCUUCGGGUGGGCAUUCGCUCUUAAAAGUGAAGGUUCCGAAAGAGUAGUAGGUAUGGGGGAAAGACUUAAUUGUUAUAGGACCUGUACAUUAUGCAGAGGUUCUUUAAGGUUCUUCACACAGAUCUUCGCAGAUAUGUGGACCUUUAAAGAGCUAUCCACUGAAAGGUUCUUCGAGGCACCUUCGUUUUUAACAGUGUCUCAUCUUGAAAAGUUUGAAUGGAGCCUGUUGGCUGAAAGCUCAGUCGUCCGUGCUCUAAAUCUGGGUCUCAUUUAGAUCGCGUUGUGGAAAAAUUAGCUAAAAAUUCUUUAUUUCUUUGUAGGAAUCAUAUCAUCACUGUUAAAAAAACAAAAGUAUUUCCAUGUAUCUCAAUUUUUUGCUAUUUUUUUCAUGAUGUACGAAGCAGCAAAAAUGAUCCAGAAUGACUUAGAAUAAAAUAAUUUUACGUUAACUUGAACUGAAGGUUGGACCGAAACAUUUCGGUCUUCUCUUAUAAAGUUAGUAUUUUUUUUUGGGAGAUUUUUGGACAGUAAUGAUAUGAAAAAGACCCAGAUUGCAUAGGACUAUUUAAAGGUGCCAGCAUAAAGAUUUCACAGCAGUGUGGAUCCUAAUCAUUGUUUAGUCAAACAUAAAGUUGUAAAAACACAUUUCUUUUCUCAUUAACUGACGUACAAGGUGAUGCGCAUGCUGCACUGUUAUUUGGACCAAUGAUUCUACUUUAAAGCUGCAGUCAGUAAGAUUGCCUUAUGUGAAAUCGAAAGCAAACAGCGCCUCUUUCAGUCCACUGAGGUGCGGCUUAUUUCAUGUAAUAUUAUAUUUAUGUGAAAAAAGAGUGACUUUGCUGUAGGGCAGUAUUCUUAAGGCUGCAUGACGCCUACGUUGCUUACAACCCGCAUGAACAGUUUUUUCCAAUGUGCGUCGCCUGUCAUAAAGGCAGCUUUCCUCAUCUCUGAUAUCAAGUUAACUGAAAAUCGAUGUUUUUCUGACCUUUUUGUGUUAACAGUUGACUUCUAGCGUAUAUCACGAUGACGUAAUACUGAUAACGUUACAAAGCUUAGAUCUUAUAAAUGGUAACUUUCAAGUCACUUAAGAACCAUGUGAAAGUGUUCAUUUGGUUCAGCCAGCUUGACAUGGCAGGUUAGGUCAUAUUGAAGGGCACUUCCACCAGUUUCUCAAAGUUCCUGUGUAUUUAAGAUGUAAACACACUCGUUCAGUGUGGUUUGGUGUCAAGUGCUCCAUUCUGGAGAAACUGAAUUGCUCACAGUGGUGGUGAAGGGAACCAGACGUCCACCUUUGAAAGCUCCCUCACAGAC